ACGGUGCUGAUCUUCCCACAACCUCCAUUUGCACAAUUCUCUAUAUGUUUUCCCUCGUCCCCAGCUUUAACAUUACCCGCGAGAAAUGGCACUCUGAGAGUACGCGUACGAGAUCCUAUAAACCACCAGGUUUUCUUGUCCUCUUCGGGGGCGUUGAUUUUUCUUGUUCCUUCGUCGAAACGCGUUUUUCUUCGUUUAAUUUUCCAGCAUUUUCUCGAGAAAAUUGUUCCUCGCUGUUUGGAAUGCAAAUCUUUUUCUCUAUAGCUGGAAAUGCCUUGUUUACACUUUUGUGGCGUUUCUUGAGCGAUUUUAGGGCAAUGUUGGGGUAAUGCAUUGGACGACGUGUUCUGUUUUUUUGUCUGGUUGGCCCUUUUGGUGAUUAUUGGUAGUCGAGAUUUUGUGGUGAAGCGUGUGUUAUUCGUUUUUUCGUUUUUGGUGGUGUUGGAUGUUAAGGGUUUAGUUUCAGGGUUAGGGUUUUGUUAGUGGUUGCAGUUUGGAUCAAGAAAGAAGAUUUCUGUUGCGGCAUUUUUCUCAUGUUUGAUUUUAUGGGAGCUUUUUGGAGGAAGUUUGCGCAUUGAAUGAUGUAAACUUGUGAAUUUCUGUAUCGGCAUGUGAAUUUGGAAUGACUUAAGUUUCUCGAGCAUGGAAGCAACCAUUUUCUAAGAUUGUUGGGUUUGGAGAGUGUUUGAAGCAAUCUUACAUUGCAGAUUUGGUUGGAAUUCAGGGUGAAUUGCGGAGCUUCACGGACGCGGAUGUUAAUCAAAUAUGCCGAGCAUUACAGCUCCGGCGACCAAGAAAACCACAACCCUCACGGUUGCCAUAAAAUGUAGGCCAUUGACAGAGAAAGAGCGGCUAAGAAGCCGUGAUAUAGUUCGGGUGAAGGAGGAUAAGGAGGUCGUUGUAUUGGAUCCUGACCUGACAAAGGACUACCUUGAGCGGAUACAAAAUCGAACUAAGGAGAAGAAAUAUUCUUUUGAUUAUGCAUUUGGCCCUGAUUGUACAAAUUUGGAUGUCUACAGGAGAAGUAUAUGUUCUAUAAUUGCUGGGGUUGUUCAAGGUCUCAAUGCAACUGUCUUUGCAUAUGGUUCAACUGGAAGUGGUAAAACAUAUACGAUGGUUGGGACCCAAGAUGACCCUGGGCUUAUGGUUCUUAGUUUGCAUACUGUUUUUGAUUUGAUCAAAAAGGACAAAAGCACUGAUGACUUCGAAGUCACUUGCUCCUACCUUGAAGUCUACAAUGAAGUCAUCUAUGAUCUGCUUGAAAAAUCAUCAGGCCAUUUGGAACUGAGAGAGGAUCCAGAACAGGGAAUAGUUGUUGCUGGGCUUCGAUGUAUCAAGGUUCACUCAGCUGAUAAGAUUCUUGAACUUUUGAACUUGGGAAACAGUAGACGGAAAAUAGAAAGCACAGAAGCUAAUGCAACAUCCUCACGCUCACAUGCAGUUUUAGAGAUUACUGUUAAAAGAAAACAAAGAAACAAAUACCGAAAUCAAGUGAUUAAAGGAAAACUUGCACUUGUGGAUCUUGCUGGCAGUGAACGAGCUUCUGAAACACAUAGUGGUGGUCAAAAGCUGAGAGAUGGAGCCAAUAUUAAUCGUUCGCUUCUUGCUUUGGCAAACUGCAUCAAUGCUCUGGGAAAACAGCAAAAAAAGGGUCUUGCAUAUGUUCCUUAUCGUAAUAGCAAACUAACUCGGAUUCUUAAAGAUGGUCUGAGUGGAAAUUCUCAAACAGUCAUGAUUGCCACAGUUGCACCUGCGGAUAAUCAAUAUCAUCACACAAUUAAUACCUUGAAAUAUGCUGAUCGAGCAAAGGAAAUUAGGACACACAUUCAGAAAAACAUUGGUACUGUAGAUACCCAUGUAUCGGACUAUCAACGCAUGAUCGACAGUCUUCAGAUAGAGGUUUGCCGGUUGAAAAAGGAAUUAGCUGAGAAGGAAUCACAUCUUAGUGUUAAACCUGUUGAAAAAGCAGCAGAUGAUGAAUUGUCUUGGUUGAAUGUUUUGAGCCAUGAAACCAGUGAAAAUGUUCAAGAACGGAUAAAUUUACAGAAAGCUUUAUUUGAACUUGAGGAAACUAACCUUCGAAACCGCACUGAACUUCAGCAUCUUGAUGAUGCUAUUGCAAAACAACAGGUUAUUGAAAAGGAUGGAGCUGUUGUACAGGCUUUAAGAGCAAGGCGGCAAGACAUCCUUGACAACAUCCGUGACAAUGAUGAGACUGGUAUCAAUUACCAAAAGGAAAUCGAAGAAAAUGAGAAGCAAAGAUGCCAGCUUCAAAACAUGAUUGAUGAAGCCAUUAGUAAUAAUGGCAACAAAACCUACUUGCACAUUCUCAGUCAAUACAGGCUCCUGGGCAUGGCUAACACUGAGCUUCAGUUUGAAAUGGCAAUGAGAGAUCAAAUUAUUCACAACCAACGGGAAGCACAGAGAAACCUGUGGAACUUGCUCAUGGGUUUAGGACUUGAUGAGAAACAAAUAUUGGAGCUUGCUGCCAAGCAAGGAUUAACAAUUGAAGACUCAACAAUGACACCCUAUCUGGGUCAGUCAGAUUGGAAACAGUCUCCAAAUCUAGAUUGUAGAAAAUCGACCCCUUACUGCUGUUGCCCUUGCAGUGGGCAGACCUAUUCUAGAUCAUCUUGCAGCUUUCAACACCAUCAAGACUUUGGGUCUAGGUCUUCUAUGAGGGGCCAUUGGGACUUGGCUCAUACUUUUUGCAGGGAGGAGCACCACAGUUCCUACUACAUGCUUUCUCAUAAUCACUCUCCAUCAGCAUAUUUGAGGCUGAGGCGAAGUAGUGAACAUUGGAUCAGUGGCAGGCCAAGUUCAUGGUUUGACGCUUGUGAUAAUCAUCCUCGAGAUCUGCGCAAGUCGCUUCCUGAGAUGAAAAUUCAGUCUUCUCCCUGUAAUGAAGGAUGCAUGUCAACUUCGUCAUUUACUGCUGAUUUGGGCCAGCAGGUAAAGGAUCCAUGGAAUAAUACUCUGAGGCAACAUCUCAAGGAUGGUCAUCAUGUUGGAAUGAGUCGGAGCCAAGAUGUGUCCAAAGGAAUGAUGACACAUUAUGGGGGGACAAUUCAAGGUCUACUUCGAUAUGGCCCAUCAGAACAAGGUGCCGGCAUGCUCAGUCCUAACCAUGUUUUUCAGAACAAUGCUCCCCCAAACUUCUCAGACCUCUCUCCAGGGCUUCCUUCAUAUGCUACUACAGGACCAGUUUCUUUUAGUUCCCAUAGCCCUGAUUUUGAAGCUUGCCCCUCCAAUUUUGUAUAGAUUUUUCUACUCCAUAUAAUUUUUUUUUCUCUUGCUAGCAUUUCAAUUCAUUUUUUUUUUCCAUUCCAAAUGUCCAUAUGUAUAUUUACCCAUUUCUAUGGGCGUGCUCGAUUAGAAUUCAAUCUUGACCUUUUUUCGGCCCCUGGUUGAAUGGAAUUUAGGUGUUUUGAAUGGAGGUGAGAAGGGGGUUGAUAAGAUAGAGAAGUUGGAUAUAACAUUCAACAUAUUGUGUAGUUGUGUUCCUGUGCAUGUAUGUAAGUGUUGAACAUUAAUAUCAAAUUAGAGCAUUAGAUGCAAUUUGCUUAUUGUGAAGCCCUAGUGGCGGAUUAUGACCA